AUGAUUCUGAGUCAAAUCUCAUAUAUAGAUUGCCUUGUCUUUCUCAUCUUCCUCACUCCGCAACUUUUAAUUCAAGUUGGUCUGUGGACAACAGCCAAAUGGGUGCUAGGCGCACUUCCGGAUCUAGCAGUUCUUCAGGUACCGUGUCAGUUCAUCCGGGAAAGAUUCUUCACUGCUAGAGAACGUCGUUCACCAUUUGUUCAACGCGCCACUCUCUUCCAAGACAUCGUCGUAAGAUAUGUUCGUUAUGCCUUCGCCAACUUGCCGGCGUAUAUCGGCAGGGUGUUCCUCUCCAAGGCGGUCUCGCUGCCCUUGCUCCGCUUCCGGAUGCUUAGGCAUGGGCUCUUGAAAUCACCCAUCUCCUGGACUGAGGUGAAACAACCCAACUUCCAAGGCAUCUGGAUCACGCCUGACCCGUCCAAGAAACCCGACAUAGUAGUCUUCUACUGCCACGGCGGCGGCUUCUCCAUGGGCUCCAGCUACUUCUACCUCGAAUUCCUCCUCGCCUGGGUCUCCCUCCUCCGCGCCACCGGCUACACCAACCCCUCCCUCCUCGCGCUCGAAUACACCCUCGUCCCCGACGCCGUCUACCCAACCCAAGUACAGCAAACCUUCGCCGGCUACGCCUACGCCCUCUCACUCGUCCAAGACCCGUCCCAUCUGGUCGUAGGAGGCGACUCGGCGGGCGCGACGCUCAUCCUGAGUAUGCUGCUGUACGUGGCCGAGCAUCCGGAGUAUCGCGGCCGCUUGCCGGGACUCGCGGUGAUGAUAUCGCCGUGGGUGGAGAUCGUGUCGGAGAAGAGACGGGAUACGGCGAGUGACUACCUCUGCGCGGAGAGUUUGCAUCUGUACGGGCGCCAGUACGUCGGCUCCAAGGUCCCGGAAGACGACCCGAUGGUGUCGCCCGGGCAUUGUCGGGAUCCGGAUAAGUGGCUGCGCGCGAGCCCGUCGAGGGGAUGGUUUUUCUUAUACGGCUCUGAGGAGGUGCUGGGGCCGGAGACGAGGGAUCUGGUCGCGCUGCUCCGGAAGGCGGGCGCGGAGGUGGAGGUGCGUGAAGAGGAGGGCUCGAUUCAUGCGUGGCCGGUUGCUGCGCUUUAUUUGGGCGAGACGAGGGAGGAGAGGCUGAAGGGGUUGGGGGAUAUUGUUAAGGUAAUUCGCCGCCGGCUUCAUUGA